GGAGCUCAGGCGUUUUCAAGAAAACAUCCGUUAGCAUGCUGGUUAUCAUAUAUGUUGAUAGUAUUCGCCGGCGGUAUGGUAGCCAAUGGACUUCUCGCAGAACCUAUCCUAGCACCGCUUAAAAACACACCACAGGUUUUGGUAGCGUCUCUUGUCUGGUAUGUUGUAUUUUACACUCCGAUGGAUGUUGGUUAUAAACUUGCAAAAUUUCUGCCAGUGAAGAUAAUUUUCUCGGCAAUGAAAGAGAUAUACCGUUGUAAAAAGGUGUACGACGGGGUAACUCAUGCUGCUAAACUGUAUCCGAAUGCGUACCUGAUCAUGAUCAUUAUCGGAACCAUCAAAGGUAAUGGAGCGGGAUUUACAAGGCUGUUCGAAAGGCUCAUCAGAGGAGUUUGGACACCUACAGUCAUCGAGUUUAUGCAGCCCAGUUUCUAUACCAAGGCCUGCCUUGUCGCGUCUGUGAUCUUCAUACUCGAUAAGAAGACUGAAGUGAUAUCUGCUCCCCAUGCUCUCGUCUACUUCGGCAUUGUCAUAUUCUUCGUCUACUUUAAGAUGUCUUCCAUUAUCCUGGGUAUCCAUGACCCUUUUGUACCUUUCGAAAAUCUGAUGUGCGCCUUGUUCUUUGGUGGAAUCUGGGAUAGUCUUGCAAAACUAUUUGGAAGAGGACAGUUGAAAGAAGGAGAAGUCAAGGAUUCAAAAAAGACAAAUUGA